GGGAGGAGCGCGUCCGCCCACAAAAGCCACAGCUAUCUCCUCGUUAUCGAACCCAAUUGUGCACGAAUAUAAAGGAAUAGGUUCAAAAUAUAACAUCCGCUGGCGGCUCGUUUUAGGUUCGCGGCGGACGGCGACGAGACGUCCGCGCGUCGUGUGUCGUUCGCGGAGGAAGAAGCGGCGGGUGACAAGAGGCAGGAGCAGCGAGGAGGGUGUUGUCCUGAUGCUUAAAUGGAAGUGGGUGGGCCUACACGGUCACACACCGCCAACUUCUCUGUGGACAUCGCUCUGACAAGCACAAAUUAGCUCUUUUAUGGACUGUCUGUCCGGCGGGAGAACCAGAAGACGGGGAGGGGGCUGCGAGGAGUCCAACGGUUAGGUGUGAGCUGCCGUUUCCGAUAUUUUCAGAGGGGGGUGUUUGAUUGUGUCUUCGCUUGGCACCGCCCUUCCUGGCUGGUGGGUGGUUUCGUCAAACGGGCUGAUCCGUUACUGCCCAGAGCCGAACAUAUAGGCCGUCCUCCGCCUCUGUACCCGGCCGGCCUUCUACCGUGAACUACACCCUCUCCCUCUCGGUAUAUUAAUGCGUUAUGAGUGACUCGAAGAAGGAAUCAUCUGGAACAGAAGGAGGGAAAGCAUCUAAACGGGGCAAAAGUUCAGGAUCGCAGGAUUCCUCCCAGCCAUCUCCAUUGGCUCUGCUAGCAGCCACCUGCAGUAAGAUCGGAGGGCAAGGGGGAGUUGAGGGCUCCCAGACCCAAGCGGGUUCCCAGCAGAUUCAACUCCAGACCGGUCAAAUCCAGCUCCAGGCAGGUCAGAUUCAGGGUCAGAUAGUGGUGGAUGCAGCCGGGGGCCAGGCACUGGUUCCCCAGCAGCUAGAACUGGUCCCCGCUCAGUUCACUGGGAACGGUUGGCAGAUUUUUACAUCCGCUCCCGCCAUGGCCAAGGAGAACACCAGUCAGCCUGUUGCUGUCACAGUGGCCACCACUCUGGCCAAUGACAGUUCACCUGGAGGACGCAAGGUGAAAACCACAACUGGUACCAAUAGUGUCCCAACCAAUCAGCAGCAGCAACAACAACAACAGCAGCAGCAGUUCCAGAUCAUCCAGGUUCAAAACCUGCCCACUGCAGGAGGCGGUGUGCAGUAUCAGGUCAUUCCUCACCUGCAGACGGCUGACGGACAGCAGAUUCACAUUAACCCACAGCCGGCCUCCAUCGGGGCCCUGCCUGAACAGGUUCAGCUCAUCCAGACACCAAACUCAGGCCAGACACAGGCUAUACUCCAGCCAGCCAACCAGCAGGCUAUUCUACCAAGCACAGCCAAUCAGACGGUCCCGUUACAGAUACGUCCUACACAGACUUUCCCAAUUCAGCUGCAGACUCUCCCGGGCUCCCAGACUCCGGUUAUGACCACUGUGCCCAUAAACCUCGGCGGCAUGACCCUUGCUCUGCCGGUGAUCAACAGUGUUGGAGGGAGUGGUGCAGUGCAGCUCAUCCAGUCGGCAGAUGGCACGUUUUCUGUUGCUAAUGGCAACCAGCUGGUUACAACAGCAAUGCCAGGCGGGACUCCCGCUGCAGCUGGCACCGGGUCAACACCGACGGUAGCUGAAGGGGACAGCAUCUCCGAUGGCGCUCAGGCGGUUCCUGCCGCACCAGAGAGUGCCCCAGAUAACACCGAAGUACAAAGCAAUGACGCCGAAUCCCAGAACCAGGCCAAUGGGCUCCAGACUCAGCCCGAUCAGACAGGAACCAUCCAGCAAGUGAUCGUGGGCCAGGUGGGACACCAGGUAGUGCAGCAGAUUCAGCUGCAACCACAGGCACAGAGUCAGGGUCAGACACAGAACCAGCAGCAACCGCAACAUAUUCAAACCCUGCAGCUGGCGCCGGGACAAACCAUCCAGCCAAUCCAAGCCUUCCAGAACCCAGCACAGGUUCUCAUCCGUGCUCCUACUCUGUCAUCCUCGGGGCAGAUCACCUGGCAGACCUUACAGCUGCCUGGGGGGGUCUCUUUACAGGGGAGUCUGGGGGCGGCAGUGCCACAGCAGCUAACCCUUGCUCCAAUGGCAGGUGGAACCACAGUUGGGAGCGGAGGGCUGGUGUCCCUGAGUGGAACCCCCUUAACGCUGAGUGCUGCCCAGAUCAACCCAGGUUCUGGGGUGCAGACGGUCAGCAUCGCGGGACUUGGGACAGCAGGGGUUCAGGUGCAGGGUGUCCCCCUCACCAUUACUGGUCUACAGGGUCAACCACAGGGUCAGGACACGGUUAAAGUUCAGCCUUCUCCUGUGACCGUCACUGUCGGCAGCGUGGCCUCAGGUUCAUCGGUGAGUCCGGACCAGCUAGGCUCAGUCCAGAGUUCUUCGGACCAGGAGGGGCUCCCAAGCAAGAGGCUUCGACGGGUCGCCUGUUCUUGUCCAAACUGCCGAGAUGGAGAGGGAAGGAACAGCGGAGACCCUACAAAGAAAAAGCAGCACAUCUGCCACAUGGAGGGCUGCGGGAAGGUAUAUGGCAAGACGUCUCACUUGAGGGCCCACUUACGCUGGCACACCGGCGAGAGGCCGUUUGUCUGUAACUGGAUCUUCUGUGGGAAGAGGUUCACCCGUAGCGACGAGCUGCAGAGACACCGAAGAACACACACAGGAGAAAAGCGCUUUGAGUGUCCAGAAUGCUCCAAACGCUUCAUGCGCAGUGACCACUUAUCGAAGCACAUCAAGACUCACCAGAACAAGAAGGGCGGCGCAGCCGUGGCCAUCAUCACCACUGACGACAUGGAAGAGGAGCCCCCCGAAGGCCUGGCUGAAUCCCCUCAGAUCGUCGCUGUGGGGACCCUCACGCGGGACUCUGAACCCGCUACACCCACAACCUCCAACCACAUGGAGGAGGAAGAGGAAGAGGAGUUUGAAUAGACAAACUGAAGGCAGACUUCCUGAUCUUUUUUUUUUUUUUUUUGUAUUCUUUGAUUUUCUUUGGAGGUGUUUGCAGGGACUUUUACAUAAUUUUACAAUUGUUUUCUUAUAAAAAGGACUUAAAAGAGGAUCAUGAAAUGAUCAUGAAGUGGGGGAAAAAAUAUGAACAUUACAAUCUGAAGGAAACUAACAUAUAACGAAGAUUAGUUUGGCUUUUAUGUAAUAAGAUAGAACAUCUCCAUGUGCAUUGAGAGGACAGAAUGUAAGUAGAUGAGCACAAGACAGGAGGACCUGAUGAAACUAAAACCAUCCAGCAGUGAGAGGCAUUUUCCUAACAAGAAUCUAACUCUAUGCACAAAGCUGUGUUCCUGUUUCAUACCUGUCUGACUGUGCUGAGGUCAAUCACGGUACAGGGCGGUUGCAGAGCGCAAGGGCAGGCUGGGAUAUUCUGUGUGUGUGUGUGUGUGUAAAUGUUAUCUGCAUGAAUGGGUGUGUGCUUGUGUUCCCACGCAGCUCCAAAGAGGAUCUACCUACGGUGAGUUUUAUUCAUGGCUCAGGUUGAGUCCUCACUUCAGAUUCAGGUGUUGAUUUGUUUGAUUAGUCAACAAAUUAUUCUUGAAGAGGGAAUUCUAAAAGAAGAGAAGAGUAGGGAAAAAAAAGCACAUAUAAAAAAAAAGAUUUAUAAAUAAUGCAUUCCUUAUUGAAGCGCAGUGGCCAUUAGAAUACAAAUAAAAGGUUUGUAUAGAGAAAAAACAACAACAAUCUAGCUUUCUACAACUUUGUUUGUGUAGGGAAAGCAAUACUAUCAUGACAAUCCUUGUGAAACCGUGUUUACAAUGUCAGGGGAAGUUUUUCGUUACUGAGACAAGACCGUUUUGUUUCGAGAAUCAGAAAGAAGUGCUGCCGUCUGAGCAAAGCUAAAGGUUUGCAGGAGUUGCUUCAGCAACAAUUUUUAAGGCAGUUUGGCUGUAAAUCAACAGUUUUUAUCAGAUGGCGGCACUGUUGCUGAUACUUAAUGCUUCUUGGGCUCUGGUGAGGACCCUCUGCUCCGUGUGGGGGGGCCACGACACAUCACAAGCAGCUGAAGUAGCCAAGAGCUACAGCAGAGGGAAGCUCUUUAGCUUUGUGGAUGUAAUAUUUUUUGUUAAUGUUGCUCUGUGUUGGUUCAGUGCGUACCUUCUUUGAAUUAAAACAAUUAUGUUAAAGAAUCGAAAUUGUUUUGAAGCCCCUCUUCAGGUGUGUUGACACAUGACCCCAUUGUGUAUGGCUAAUUUAUUAUUUAUCCUUGAUUUGUAAUAUUUGCCUUUUGCUGGACUUGUAGUUGUGUGGUUCUAAGGUUGUGUGCAGCAUGUUUCAGUUUCUUGCCGUAGUGCUGCUUCUUUCUUCUUUAAACUCCGUUGGUCAACUGUUUCAUUUAUUUUCUUUGCACCAUAACAUGUUUUUUGGAGAAAAAAAUAUAUAAAUAACAAAACAAGAAGAAAGCAAAAAAAUAAAUAAAUAUCAAUGUCUAAAGCUGAAAAGAUUGAUACCAAACAAAUUUAGAUGUUUUUAAAAAUCCUUUUUUGUGUGACAACUAACUUUUCUUUGGUUUUCUAUUUUGUAGUGACAUCUCAUUUGUAAAUCUUUUUCUAAAGAUGUUUGUUCGUCUCCAUGACAUUUGAUAAUGGGUUUUUGCCAGGUUAGCCUUAAAGGCUCCAGUUUAUUGAUAUUUUUAAAACUGGUUUGUACAAAUGUGUUAUGUCAGCAACAAAAGUUU